AUUACUCCCCAUCUUCUAUGACCAGCAGGGUCAAGUUCAUGUCUCAGAUUUCUUUAUCAGUUUCUAUGUCUGUGAGAAAAGUUCAUCUACAAUCUUGUCAUUUGUUGGGAAGCUCUAGUCUAGACUGUGUGGAUCUCUGAACUAGACUCUUUGGAGCCUUGAUGUAGAGUCAUCUGAGCCCACAUCUAGAGUCUCUGGCUGUUGCUACAUAGGAAAACUGAUCUAUACUCACCAUGGGCAAGGAGCAAGAUCUCUUGCAGGCAGUGAAGAAUGGAGAUGUGCCAUCCACCCACAAGCUUCUGGCCAAACUGAAAGCCAAUCGAAACAAGUUGUUGGGCUCCACAAAGAGACUGAAUGUCAACUACCAAGACUGUGAUGGGUUUUCAGCCCUGCAUCAUGCAGCACUUGGGGGUAGCACAGAUCUACUCUCCAUCCUGCUGGAUGCCCAGGCUACGGUUGACAUCAGAGAUCGCAAUGGAAUGCGGCCAGUGCACUAUGCUGCCUGGCGAGGCAGGGCUGACUUAGUUCAGAUGCUCCUGCGGGCCGGUGCCUCUCCCAAUAGCCCCUCCCAGGACGGUCACAUUCCACUGCACUUGGCUGCCCAGUACGGCCACUAUGAGGUGUCCGAGAUGCUUCUGCAACACCAGUCAAACCCGUGCUUGGUCAACAAAGCCAGGAAGACACCGCUUGACCUAGCCUGUGAAUUUGGGAGAAACAAAGUAGCCCAGCUACUGCUAAGCAGUAACCUAGCUGGGACAUUGCUGGAGGGAGAGCGGGACUCUGACUGCAGCUUCAACACUCCACUGCACUUGGCUGCCCGCAAUGGCCAUAGGGACAUCAUCCGGUUGCUGCUGAAGGCGGGCAUCGACAUCAACCGGACUACUAAAGCUGGCACGGCGCUACAUGAGGCCGCCCUCUAUGGGAAGACGGAGGUGGUACGACUAUUGCUGGAUGGCGGAGUGGACGUGAACAUCCGUAACACUUACAAUCAGACAGCGUUGGACAUUGUCAACCAGUUCACAGCCUCGCACGCCAGCAGGGACAUCAAACAGCUCUUGCGAGAUGCAACAGGGGUCAUGCAGGUACGAGCGCUGAAGGAUUACUGGAACAUCCACGACCCCACAGCUCUCAACGUUCGUGCCGGGGACAUCAUCAUGGUUCUGGAGCAGCAUUUGGAUGGUCGAUGGAAAGGUCACAUCCACGACAGCCAUCAGGGUACUGACCGUGUGGGCUACUUCCCCCCAUCCAUUGUGGAGGUCAUCAGCCGGCGAUCAGGAGGCACCCUGUCACGCCACUCCUCCCUGCCCACGCAGCGACAGCAGUUUCUGUCCAGAGGGCAGACCAGCUCUGGCUCCGGCUCAGACUCCGCCCCCCAGACUGACGACUGCUACACACUGUAUGCACCCACAGCCAACCUGGGCUUCGCCUGCACAGGCAGCCAAGGCGACAGCGCAGGUGUGCUGCUGGACAGCCACUCUCAGUCCGCCAGUCCCAGUGAGGAGGUGUGGGUCCUCAGGAAAUCCCUUUCAGGUGACAGAAGCAGCGUGAGCAGCACGGGUAGCGUGGGCAGCUCACGCAGUGCUGGCAGUGGGCAGAGCACCGAGAGCAACCUGGUCCACAGUGCACCUCUGCAGCUCAGUGGUCCCUCUGAUGAGGGCAAGCCAGUGCCCCCUGUUGGCGAUUCAGGGCAACUGGACACCAAAGAGUCAGACCAUCCUCUGGCAAGAUUUCCACAGAAGGGUUCGAGCACCGUGCGACCUGGGGAACAAGGCUUCUCCACGAUGUUUGUCCGUCCGGAACAGCUACUGGAGGGCAAGGAUGCUGAGGCCAUCCACCAGUGGCUGAGUGACUUCCAGUUGGAGCAGUACACGGGCAACUUCUUGAGCGCUGGUUACGACGUGCCCACUAUCAGCAGGAUGACCCCGGAGGACCUGACAGCCAUCGGAGUGACCAAGCCUGGGCAUCGAAAGAAAAUCUCCAUGGAGAUUGGCAACCUCAGCAUCCCUGACUGGUUGCCAGAGUACAUCCCUUCUGACCUGGCUGAGUGGCUCGGUGCCAUCGGAUUGUCUCAGUACCACAAGGAGCUUUCGGACAAUGGUUAUGAUGCCAUCAGCAUUGUACGCGACCUCACCUGGGAGGACCUGCAGGAGAUUGGCAUCACUAAGCUGGGCCAUCAGAAGAAGAUAAUGCUGGCAGUAAAAAAGCUGCGCGAUCUCCAACGGACCCUGGUCCAGGCAGAGGCUGGCCAUGACACACUGGCUCCCAAGCCGUCGGAUGCCAAGGGGCUCUUCCCAACUGCAGCCCCUGAUUGCGAGAACUCCUCCCCUCACUCUUCCCUCAGCCAGGAAACUCUCUCCUUCCAGGAUGGUGAGCUCAGCACCCAGCUUCAGACGGCCACAUCCAGUGACUCCUGCAUGGUCCAAAAGGGACUGCCGCCUGUUAACCAGGAGAGCGCAACCCCACGGUCAACAGAUAGGGCAAAUUGCACCAUUUUUGCCAGCCCAGGAAGAGAACAGAAUGUUCCAGAAGGUAAACGGACUUUGUCUGCUGAGCUGACCCCACAUCAACCAAGUCCCCCUGACUCACACACCUCCAGCAAACUAGCAGGACUCAGUGGUCCAGCUCUCCCAGCAAAAGCUAGGCCCAGCGUCUCUGUGGUACUAACUCAACCCAGGUGCCCACACGGCUCUUUGGCACAGAAAGCUUUCAACUAUCUGCACUUCAACUGCGGCAGCACAGACCUGGACCAAACUUUCAAGCCCCAGAAGCGCUCACAGAGCCUCAACCGCUAUGCACUCUCAGAUGGGGAACCAGAUGAUGACGAGAUAUCUGCAGUACCCUCAGGUUCCCUGGGACCGUAUGCAACGCUGACCCGCCGGGCCGCUUACAAACAGCUGGCUCACCUGCCACAGGGUGCCAUGGAGCGCACAGUCGGUCGCAGCCCAUCUUUUGUUUUCCGUACCCGCAAGAAGGGACCACCUCCCCCGCCACCCAAGCGUCUGAGCUCAGUGAGCGGCAGCUCCAGUUCUGAGUCUUCAGAUGUGACGCUAUCAAAAGGGAUGGAGAAUGCAGACAUAGAGCGAGACCUCAACAGCACAGGGGAAAGCCCCGAGGGAAAUCGCCAGCUCAAAUACAAGUGGGACAAGCCCUGCCACUAUCUGCAGACGUCACAUUCGGCUGAGACCCUCUCCCCCGUUUUUGCGGCGAAAUCAGCGCUGUCUCUUCAGUCAUGGGAGAAUAUGGCAGGCCAAAGGAGGACAGCCAGUGAUCAAGGAACUUGCGAAACAGAUCCAGACAGAGUGGAUCAGGAGGUGAUCUCUGACGCCGAGGAGGAUGGGAAAAACAGUCAGGGCUUGGACAGCUCCUCGUCACCACAGAGCAGCUCCAGCGAGUGUAUCCCGUUUGCUGAGGAGGGCAACCUCACCAUCAAGCAGCGGCCCAAGGGGUCACACAAAGCAGAAGCGUCUAUUACUGUUUGUGAUGCUGCUGAGAAGACCACACAGACAAGGACCUUGGAGUUCAACCUCAAGGAGUCGGACACUGUGAAGCGUCGAUAUAAACCCAAGGACAAAGACCCGCCCACUGUACAGAGGGAACAUCUGCUGUUAUGCCAGGGUGAUGCCCAAAAUACAGAGAACAUGCAAGGUGGCUGCCAGAGUGAUGAUGAAGACAUGACUCUACGAAUCACAGAAGCUGCGGAGGAUAUCCAAACCCCUGUGAAACCUCCAAAACCUGAGAAUUCCCUGCGGCCACAUAUGAAUGUGGCCAAGCCAGCGCAAAACUGGCCAACUGGUGAUGCUAGCGUGACCAUCAAAGGGGUGCAGAGUGUUGCCUCCACUGCUCCAUCUACACUGACGGCAGCUUUGUGCCACACACACACAGGAGCUCAGAGGCAGCCAGCGACAGAAGGAAAGCCCCAGGCCUGUGUGCCAGAAUCGGGUCAAAGCCCAACUCUGGUCCAGAUGAGGCUGGAGCAAACCAGCACAUCCCUGGAGGAGGCACUGAAAGCUGUAGAGAGGAAACUUACUCUGGAGAAUACCGAUGGUGAAACCGAUGCGGUGGAGUCUGCUGGGAUCAUUCUCGACGACAUCGGGAACAUGUUUGACGAUUUGGCUGACCAGCUAGACGCUAUGCUGGACUGAACCUAGGCUGUGGCUCAUGCUUCCAGUGCACCAGUGGUGCCCCCUUCGGGAAGGGAAAUACACUGCUCACAUGGCAGGCUGCUUGCGGUGGCCAUCAUGGGGAGGGUAGAAAAGCAAAGGGUGAAUUUUGGAGAGAAAAUACACAGAGAAAAGGCCCAUUUCUAUAAGUGUGGAAUGACCGUUCUCAGUCACGUUGGUGCCAAUCACAUAAGCACUGUGGCCCUGGAGGCCGUGCUUCUGCUUACACAGGCCUUGUCUGUCAGUAUACCUGUGUAAAGCAGAGAGUGAGUGUUAAAACAAGACAGGGCUGUAGCAUGGCACCUCUCGAUAAGACCAAAACCCACCAUCCAGUCACCACAUCGUCUCUGUAUUGGCACUGUUGCCAGAAAGCACGCUGACCUCCUUUCGGUCAGUGAUUCUUUUCCUUCCCCUUCGGACAACACGCACACACUUGCUGAAGCUGCUUGUCCAUUUUUGAACAAUGCCCUCAGACGGUAAAUGUGUGAAUUAGAGAAGAUUCAGAGAAAGGCAAACGGGCAGUGAAAACAGGAAACAUAGGAAAGUCAGGAUUUCUCUUUGUGGUGCAGUUAAGAGAAAAACUAUUGA